AUGGAUGUUUUUAUGAAAGGAUUGUCCAAAGCGAAGGAAGGAGUGGCUGCCGCGGCUGAGAAAACCAAGCAGGGAGUAGCGGAGGCAGCAGAGAAAACUAAAGAGGGGGUUCUUUACGUCGGGUCCAAAACCAAAGAAGGUGUUUCAAGCGUCGUUUCAGUGGCUGAGAAGACAAAGGAGCAGGCCUCUUUGGUGGGUGGUGCAGUUAUCACAGGAGUCUCAGCUGUGGCUCAGAAGACAGUGGAUGGAGCUGGAAACAUUGCUGCAGCCACAGGUCUAGUGAAAAGGGAUGAUUUCCCAUCGGAAAUAAAGCCUGAAGAGUUUGGGCAAGAAGCUGUUGAAGAAACUGUAGGGGAAAUUGCAAUGGAAUCAGAAGGUGGAAUUGAAGCUGAAGCAUAUGAAGAGGCUCCACAGAUAAAAUACUUCUCACACAAUAUGCAAGACUUCGUGUGUAAGCUCAGAUCCAAUGGCAUCCUCAAAUUUGCUGCUAACAGUAACGUUGUUGCAUGA